GUAUGCACAUAGCGGCCGUGGGUCUUUUAUGGACCGGAUACCACGGUGGAUAAUGGUUAUUCUUUCUACACCUGUACACGUCUGUUGUUCCGUAACGUCUGCCACUUGGCAGCGCAGCAGCGGACGACACAUGCAUGGGAAAGCAUAUGGCCGUCCGCUUCCUCGGUUGUUGGUUGGAGCUGAAGACGCGUUAGCCCUGAUGUAGGAAACCCCGCUUCCUCCGUGGCGGCGCGGCGCAAGUCCAGCUGCCUCCACUCCUGACUGAUCAACGGGUAAUUAAAGUCGCCGCGGCACCAUGUAAGGAGGCACACACUCAGUCGCUGGAUUCAGCACAGCUGGCAUAUCCUCUCUUCUCCUACCUCUCGGGACCAUCCGCCCCCAUCGUCAGUCGCCGCAAUGCCGCUUCGAAGCGAUUGGAGUAUUGCACGCGAAGGCUUCACCCGCGAUACCUUUGCCAACCUCAUCAAGCUAACGGCUCUUAACCCCGCGCUUACACUUCCCGUCUUGCUGCUUGCGCGCUACACGCAGCAGGGCAAUGCGCUUGCUGCCGGCCAUGCCUCAGCUUUCAAGCACCUGAAGACGUUGGUGGGCCUCGGCCUGUUCAACGCGGCCAGCACAUGGCUGAGCAACAGGGUCAUCAAUAAUUGGACCAGCGACUCGUAUGACUGGUCUCGUGAGAUUGUCGUUGUGACGGGUGGCAGCGAUGGCAUUGGCAAGGCGAUUGUGCACAUGUUUGCAGAGAUGGACAUCAAGGUGGCCGUGCUGGAUGUCCAGGACCUGACGUAUGAGGCGCCUCCUUCUGUGCGCUUCUUCCGAUGCGACCUCACGUCGCCUCAGUCGAUUGCGGCAGCCGCAUCCUCAAUCCGCGCCACGCUCGGCAACCCCACGGUGCUGAUCAACAACGCUGGUGUCGCCCGCGGCAAGACCAUCCUCGACUCAACCGAAAAGGACAUCAACCUCACGUUCCGCGUAAACGCCUUCAGCCACUACUACCUCGCGCAGCAGUUCCUGCCCCACAUGAUUGAAAACAACCACGGCAUGGUCGUUACGGUUGCCUCCUUGGCCGGAUGGAUCUCAGCCCCCUCCAUGGCCGACUACGCCUCUUCCAAAGCCUCAGCCAUUGCCUUCCACGAGAGCCUUGCCGCCGAGCUAGUCGCCAGAUACAACGCGCCCAAAGUGCGUACUGUGCUCAUGUGCCAGGGCUACACACGCACCGCCCUCUUUGAAGGCUUCGAUCCAAAAGGCGUCUUGUACCCGGAUACAGUUGCCGAGGGCAUUGUCAAGGCGGUGCUCAGCGGAAAGAGCCAGGUCAUUGCCCUCCCGCAAACUACAUGGCCCCUGAUUCCCAUGAUACGCGGUCUGCCCCUCUGGAUGCAGUAUGGCCUGAGAAAGGGCCUCGGUGGCCUCAUGUCAAACUGGAAGGGAAGACAGGUUGUGCAGCCGAGUGAGAUUGAAGAUGAGGCGGAAAAGAAGCCUGAUGAGAGCACAGUGUUUGUUGGCAAUGAGUAGAGAAGGAAGUUGAGGUUGAAGUGAAAAAGCGGGGGAGGGCGGAGGGGUUUUUGUUUUCCAUAGAUUCUGGUCCCUGGUUCAAGGGUCGUUUGGUCUUGCUGCUGUCAUCAUCCCG